AUGCGGUGGUGCUGUACCGAUCAUCCUCUGGAAUCUUGGCAGAAAGUGAUGGUGAAGCAAGUUACUCCCGACAAGGUGAAGAUCCUUUUCACAGAUGGAAAGACUUGGAAGGGCCUUUCCCACGCGCAGGUGCUGGCCAAGGUGGCGCAGUCAAACGUUAUGUGGUGUUGA